CGAGAACAGGCGCGGCCUUUGCCAGAGGCCGGCAGGGCACCAUAGGAUAUUUUGGUCCAGUGGACUAGUUUGCGCUGGAGUCGAGAGGUUGAUCGAAAUGCCCUUUUCUUUGACAGAAACUCUAGGUUUAGCCACAACACAGCAACGAUUAGUCGUUGCCGGUGCUGUGGGCCUAGCUGCAACUGCAGGUGUCGUCUGGUGGUUAAGAAGGACCCCCAAACCAGUGUUCAAACCGGUGGGUAAACUGAGUGAGAUUUGGAUCCAUCCGGUCAAGUCAUGUCGGGGACAUCAGGUGUCGAGUGCAGAGUGCACACCUGCUGGGCUGUACAGCAACGGUUUGUAUGACAGGUUUUUUGUGAUUCUGGAUGAAAACGAUUCGAUCGUCACACUGCGGACUGAGCCGUCACUGGCCCUCGUCAAGCCACGAAUCUCCAAAGAUGGAGAAUGCCUCGUUCUGGAUGCGCCAGGGAUGGACCCCUUCAGCAAACGCCUGGCUGACAUGGCAGAGACGCAGAAACAAGCCCAAGAAUUCAGAGUCUGGGGACUACACGUAGAAGGGCUGGACUGCGGCCAAGAGGCCGGCGCCUGGCUGAGCACCUACCUCAAGAAGCCCAACCUCAAACUCGUCCAUUUCAAAGAGGGCCAGACUAAACCCAGGACACCCGUACGGGAUCUCAGAUGGGGGCCCAGAUUCACUUCCAAGGAUAAAGUGAGGGGCUACCCAGACUUUGCUCCCAUCAUGCUGCUGACUGAGGCCUCUUUGGAUGACCUGAACUCCCACUUGGAGAGGCCUGUCACCGUCCGGAAUGCGCGGCCUAAUUUUGUGGUCUCUGGAGCCAGUCCUUUUGCAGAGGACCAGUGGAAGCACGUCAGGAUCGGGGAUGCAGUGACAAUGCGCAGGACUCACGGUUGCGGAAGGUGCAAGUUGACAACUGUCGAUCCUGAGACUGGUGUGAUUAGAAGUGACGGCGAGCCGCUGGCAACUCUCAAACAGUAUCGCACCGUACCCAAGACGGAACUGGACAGCAAGCCCCUACGGGGCGCCCCAGUCUUUGGAGCCAAUUUGAUUGUAGAGGCGUCCGGCACCAUCAAAGUUGGCGACACUGUGUACGCAGCACAGUAAAACUACAGUCCUGUUGAAGCACUCAGCACUCAAAGGGAUGAAAAUAAGUAACUUUGUGAAUUUGAAGGUCAUCAAUACUGAGGUUUGGCAAGACUACUUGGUGAUAUCUGAGGGAAAAGGAAAUGCGCACAACUUUAGGGUAUAAUGGUAGCCAUUGUGGAUCUUUAUUAUAUUAUCAUAAUCUUCAAGUCUCCAGUAUUCUUUAGAAAUUGUUAUUUAAGUAAGGAUGUGUAAGUAAAAUCCCAAAAUUAUACUUUUCAAAAAUAAAAAAAUAAACAUCUACCCAAAUAUGGGAAUAAAUAUAUUACACGGCAGGGAUUAACGCUUUA